UCUGAUAUUUUUAAUUUGCCUCUUGUUCUGAAGUCUAACCUUCAAGUGAAAUCUCUGCUUUCUUCUGGCGACAGCGCGAGAGCGCGCGAGAGCGAGAGAUGGAAGGGGAGGUUGGGGAAGCGAGGGAGCCGCUGGUGGCGGCGCAGCCCCUGCUCAGGAGAUACUCGGUGAAUUCGCUGCGUACAGAGUUUGUGGCUCGGCUACCGGCGAAGCUCCGCGACCAGAUCGAUCCCGAGAGUAUCGCCGAUGUCGAUCUUUCCCGCGUCAAAGGCCUUCGCCGAGGGGAGAGAGAGUACUACGAAAGGCAAUUCGCCACUUUGAGAUCUUUUGAAGAAGUUGACUCUUUGGGUUCUGGGUUUGGAACUGUUGACUGUCAAGAUGACUUGGAUGCGAAGAAUGAGUUUGCGAUGAAGAUAUCCAAUUUUGCAAAUAUUGUUCUCUUGGUGUUCAAGAUAUAUGCUACAGAAAGAACUGGGUCCAUGGCAAUUGCAGCAUCGACACUUGACUCGUUGCUGGAUUUCAUGGCAGGUGGCAUUCUUUGGUUCGCCCAUUUGUCUAUGAAGAAUGUUAACAUCUAUAAGUAUCCCAUUGGCAAGUUGAGAGUGCAGCCUGUGGGUAUCAUUGUAUUUGCUGCUAUCAUGGCUACUUUAGGCUUUCAAGUAUUAAUUCAGGCACUUGAACAGCUGGUAGCUGAUCAGCCUCCAGAGAAAAUGUCCUCAGGGCAACUUAUCUGGUUGUAUUCGAUCAUGUUAAGUGCCACUGCAGUUAAACUUGUCCUUUGGUUUUACUGCAGAAGCUCUGGCAAUGAGAUUGUCAGGGCCUAUGCUAAGGACCAUUACUUUGAUGUUGUGACCAAUGUCGUGGGUCUUGUUGCUGCCGUUCUCGGUGAUAAAUUGUACUGGUGGAUCGAUCCCGUUGGUGCCAUUAUACUGGCUGUUUAUACAGUGAUUAACUGGUCAGCCACUGUGUGGGAGAACGCAGCUUCCUUAGUUGGUCAGUCGGCUUCACCUGAAAUGUUACAGAAAUUGACAUAUCUUGUGUCGAGGCAUGAUCGUCGUAUUAAGCAUGUCGAUACAGUUCGCGCGUAUACCUUUGGUUCUCUGUACUUCGUCGAGGUUGACAUUGAGCUACCUGGAGAACUGCCACUAAGCGAGGUGCACUCUAUAGGAGAAUCAUUGCAGGAGAAAAUUGAGAAAGUCCCAGAGGUUGAGCGAGCCUUCGUGCAUGCUGAUUUCGAAAGCACCCAUAAGCCUGAACACAGCGUUCGCACAAGUCUUCCGGAAGGCGAGCAUUAGACUUCCUCAUGCUUCCUCUUCCUGCCCCCUACCAAUCACUGAUGGUGAUUACUUAUUGUAUCUGUUACUCUCGAUAAAGAAGCAUGCGAAUCGAUGGACAUGAGUGUGAUUUCUGUUAUUAUCAGUUUUGUUUUCCCCCCUCUGAAUAACUUGUGAAAUUUUCAUUGAUUUAGGCUGUUGAUAGCAGGUGAAAUUCUGUCUAUAAGAUUCCGUUUUGCUGUCAAAACACCUGCUAUCCACCACCUAAAUCACUCCCUUAAUAUUAAUAAAAUCAUGGAUGACAUUUUUAAAUAA